AUGACAGAUAUAGUAGGAAGAUUAUUAAAUAAAUGGUUAGGGGAAAGGAGGAAGCAUAAAGGCAGGAACGAUAUGGUUGAUAAAAGGAUAUCGGAGAGUAUAGGAAGAAUAGUGGAUGAACUGAUGCAGAGACUUCGUAAUCAUGAGGACGCUGUGGCAAAGGAUUACUGUGCGCAGGACCUUAGCGGUGAGAUAAAAAUUGAACAGUAUCAUAAGCCACUAUGUAAGGCUCUAAUGAGAACAUUUAUGUAUAUGAACGGACUGAAAGUAAGGGAAGGGAGAAAGAUAGAAAUUGAGGAAGACACGGAAGAAGAAUCAUUCCUCAAGUGUAUAGUUGGAACAACAGUCAUGCUUAAAAUGCUGAAAAAGUAUUGCUGGUUCGAGGAUUACAUGCAGUAUGCAUUAAGAAUAACGGAAGCACGGAAGGAAGCUACAGGAAGUGAAAGUAAUUACAAUAAGUGCAGUGGGAUGAACUUUAAUCAAUUGAAAAUAGGAAAUAUAUUAGUUGGAAACACAGUGGCAAAGUUGGUUGAGGGUAAGGAAUCAGGAAUUGCGGAUUAUCAGAAUUUAGAAAGAUUCAGGGAUGGAUGGUGUAGGCAUGGACGCCAGAGUAAAGUAGAAAGAAAAGAUGGGAAGAAGCAGGAGGAUGAAGGAAAGAAAUGGCUGGACGAAGAGAAAAUGAAGGAACUGGAAAAAAUAGUAGAGGACAAAGGGCAGAAGGAAGAAGGAAAAUUAGGGAAAGUAUUGGAAGAAAUGGAAAAGAAGAGGAAAAUUAUGAGGGCCAGUGACCCAUGUUAUAAGGACCAAAGUGGAGGGUUCGAAGAAGGGGAAGAAGACAGCAUUAUGGAAUGGUUCACAAAUUUCUUUAACAACCCAUCGGAUGCUGAUAAUGACAAGUAUGAAUGGAGUAAGUAUGAUGCAUAUAAAUCUGUGUGUGAAGAUGAGGAUGAAUGGAACAAAAGAGGAAUAAACCCAAAGAAAUACGGAGAAUUCUGUAGAAUCAUGUUAAAGAAUUUAAUGAUGGUGGAAAACGGAGCGAACCAGUAUAAACCACCAGGAAUUAGUGAUCCUCAAUGUAAGAAGAAAUAUAUCCCAUUAUGUGACCUCCUAAAAAUAUGGAUGAUGGACAUGGGUGCAUUUUGCGUACCGAAGGAAGUUAUGCAUUAUGUGUUCGACGCCGUGAGUGCAUUUAGUGGACAGUGGGGAAAUCCGAAAGACUAUGUAAAGUGUGACUACGGUAAAGUUUCAAAUCUGUAUAGAGGAAAUGAAGAUAUGUUACCCAAAGUACAGGAGUUACUACGUAAUAGUAUGGUGGGUAGUAAAUUAGGUGAAUUGAAUAAAAAGAAGUGGUGUGAUGCAAGUAAAGUGCAACAUAGAACACCGAACGCGAAAGCAGGCAUGGAGACACGUGCUGAUAAGGCGGCACAGGGAGAAUCAGUCCCUGAUAAUGGGGCACUGCAGGAAUUAACACAACUUGUUCAGAAAGUCGAAGCAAAGGUAGAGGAGGAGGAAAAUGAACUAUCAGGAAUUGCGGGCGAAGCCAUUAAGGAAGUCCUAUCACCACAAGGCAAGUAG